GCAAGUGAAGUGGUGUACUGGCGUGUGUUAAUUAGAAAAAUACAUAGAUUUAAUAUAUUUACAAGUGACAUUUAUAAUGUAUGUCUCAAACCGAUAUUCUAGCUUUACAGCGAAAUGGUUAGAUGAAAUAUCGUUUCUCUUUAUGAGCCCUUGGCUAACAAUUUUCAGUCAUUUCGUUGCAUGUUACAUUUCAACAAUUUUCGAGAAACAGCAUCCCCAGCACAAGCUGUUCGAUUAUUUCUUUUUAGGUCCGAUGUGUGCAUUACUUCUCUUGUUAUUAUUGCCCUUUGGAGUGUUGGGAAUAGUAAUAUGGGUGAUGCUCUGUGUAACCACACGCCAAGAAAAAUAUACGUACUUAAGUGCUGAUGAAUUUUUUUCAGAAGAUGAUAUAAACUGUGAACUGCAGAAUUCGGGGACAUAUACUUUGGCAUCAGUAAAUGUUCUUUUGGCACCAGAAGUAAUAGCUAGGCUGAACAAUAAUAAGAGCUCAUAUGCUCGAACUUCAGAAAUAGCGAAAAGAAUACUGAAUCACACAGGAAAACCACUUUCUAAUUUGGUAACUGGAAAUGAAUUUGAAAUUAAGAGCAAGUAUAAUAGCAUAUUAACUGAGUUCCCAUGCCUUGAUUUUCUCUGUUUGCAAGAAGUUUGGGAACGUCCAUAUGCACUGAUUUUAAUUGAAUAUUUGAAGAAAGAAUUCUCAUACUUUCUUUAUGACAUUGGGGAUUACUGUUUCAGCAAAAACUUUUGCAUGCUUGGAAGUGGGUUAUUUUUUGCAAGUAAGAAACCUAUUCUUGAUGCUGAUUUUAAUAUCUUCACACUUCGAACUAAGCAUGCAAGAUGUACAUCUCAAGGAGUACUCUGUGUAAAGGUGUUGUUAAAUUAUGAUGAAUGUGGUGACCGUCAUGUUGGUUAUAUUGCUAAUAUGCAUACACAAGCUUUCCAAGGGUCUGAAGCUGUGCUGUUGUCACAGCUUACAGAUGCCUUAAUAUUUAUAACUUUGUUCAAGGAGCAAACUACACAGCCCAAAGACAUAAUUGACUUUGAUAUUGUUUGUGGUGAUUUCAAUGCUGAUAAUAUGUCUCCAGCUGAUAAGGAUGUGCAGCAGCAUUUACUCUUUGAAGAAUAUCAGGAUGUCUGUGUUGCAAAAGCAGGACAGGAUAUGGAUUGGGCAGUUGGCACUGAAUUGCGGCAGUGCAUGUUACAUCACCUAGAUAUCAUGGAUCCAGAUAAUUUCAGAAAAAUAUUAGUGGAUGAUUCAUUACGGAGAUUGUAUGUCUUGGAUGCAGAUGUUCUGGUGCAUUCUACACAUCUUAUGACAUCAAUUGUUCAACCAGGUCCAGAAGGUUUUGUUGAACCUCUACCUCAUGGUGGAAGAAGAAGAGUGGAUAGGAUUCUUUAUAAAGGUUCCACAGAAAUUUAUAAAAUAAAGUCUUUGCUGUGUGUGACAACAGGUGCAUUUGGUGCCUUCUCUGCUAUAAGCAUCUACAAAGGAAAUGAGAUAUUUUUUGACAACAUUUUGAUGCCACUUGUGCAUACAUUAAAUCCAGAGACUUCCCAUAAGGUUGCUAUUAUAACUUCAAAAUAUGGCUUUUUUCCAAGAAGCUGCUAUGAAGAUCCACUGACAUUGAAAACUCAGGUGUGGCAGAUGAACUUUGAUAAUCCUGUAGGAAUUGCUGCUGGAUUUGACAAGCAGGGAGAAGUAAUUGAACCACUUCACAAGAUUGGGUUUGGUUUUGUAGAAAUUGGUUCAGUCACUCCAGUUCCACAGCCAGGAAAUGAACAACCUCGGGUGUUUCGCCUUCAAAAAGAUGGAGCAGUAAUCAACAGGUAUGGUUUCAACAGUGAUGGCCAUGAAGCUGUAUGCUCUCGACUUAAGCUUCUGAAGUCCAAGACAUCUUUUGUGGGUAUUGUUGGAGUUAAUUUAGGACAAAAUAAACAUUCUGAAGAUCCUGUCAAAGAUUAUAUUGAUGGCAUAAAGAAGUUUGGGGAUGUUGCUGACUACCUAGUGAUAAACAUAUCUAGUCCAAAUACCCCAGGAUUACGAUCUUGGCAAAAGAAGCAGCAUCUUGAAAAAUUGUUGACAAAAUUAGUAGCUGCACGUAAUGGAUUGAAGAGUUCAAAAAAACCUCCUUUAUUAUUAAAACUAGCACCUGAUCUUACACAGGAGGAAAGGAAAGACAUUGCUGAUGUACUAAAGAACAAAAAGUGUUGUAUAGAUGGACUAGUCAUCUCCAACACAACAAUUAAACGGAUGCCAAGCCUUUCUGACAGGCAGGCAACUGAGAAAGGGGGUCUCAGUGGGAGACCACUUGCAGAUUUGUCUACAGCAUUGAUAGCAGAAAUGUACAGACUAACAGAAGGUAAGCUUCCCAUUAUUGGUGUGGGUGGCAUAUUUUCUGGAAAAGAUGCUUAUGAUAAAAUUAAGGCUGGAGCAAGUCUUGUACAGUUGUAUACAUCCUUCAUAUAUCAUGGACCACCAAGAGUGUCUCGAGUAAAGCAGGAGUUGGAUGAGCUUAUUCGUUCUGAUGGAUGGAGUUCUGUUGCUGAAGCUGUUGGAAAAGGACAUUCAUCCCAGAAAUAAACAUUUUAUCAAGGGAUUAACUGAUUUAUUUGUAAAUUUGUGUGUUGUUUUAAUGUAAUUAUUGGCUACUACCAUUUUACUUUAAAGUACAUUGUUUUCAGAAUGUAGUUGUGAGUACAGUCUAUAAUCCACAUUAACAUGACCAUAUGUUACAUUUUUAAUUUCAUUGUCAUAUUUUACUUCACAGGUUUUGUUAUCCUUGCAUAUUCAUCAAUUUAGGACAAAAUUGUCGUAGUAUAUUUGCUGCCAGAUAUGUGAUAAUACAGUAAUACAGUUGAGCUUGGUGUCAUCUCUGACUAAUUGUUGCUCUUUCUGAUAAGUGGCUAUAAAAUCUAGUGAAAUUUUCAGAGAUUAUAAAGGAAGAACUGAUAAUUUCUAUAUCCAUCUUCAUUUAAAUGUGAUUAGAACUUCAUUUUCAAUAUAAAUAAAUAUGCAUGCAUAGCAGAUCUAUGUCUAGAAGAUAGCAGUAAGAAAUUAAAAUUUUAUACAGUAUUUUCAAAUAAGAUUAAUAUAGUGAUGAACAUAUGA